GGGUGAAUGCUGUAGACCGGAGUUCCUUCUGAAGACAGUAAGCGUGAGAAACAGCGUCACGGCACAUGUUCUGACGGUGUCACCAGCACGAGUGACUUCUUCUGACUUGAGCCUGCAGUGUGCUUUAAGAGGUCCUCCGUCAGAUCAUCUCAGCUUUGGUCCUUUGGAACCACCCACUGGAGAUACUCAUAAAUCGCAGGGCCACACAGCUGCUGGUGAGAUCUGCCGGGAUAGCUGCGGAGGCUCUCGGGUCCCAGGCGCUGCACCACUGCAUAGCCUGAAUUCUUGCUGCCAAGAUGGGGAAACAGAACAGCAAGCUGCGCCCAGAGGUCAUGCAGGACUUGCUGGAAAGCACAGACUUCACGGAGCACGAGAUCCAGGAAUGGUACAAAGGCUUCUUGAGAGACUGCCCCAGUGGACAUUUGUCAAUGGAGGAGUUUAAGAAAAUUUACGGGAACUUUUUCCCUUACGGGGAUGCUUCCAAAUUUGCAGAGCACGUUUUCCGCACCUUUGAUGCUAACGGAGAUGGGACAAUAGACUUUAGAGAAUUUAUCAUAGCCCUGAGUGUGACAUCGAGGGGGAAGCUGGAGCAGAAGCUGAAAUGGGCCUUCAGCAUGUAUGACCUGGACGGGAAUGGCUACAUCAGCAAGGCAGAGAUGCUGGAGAUCGUGCAGGCGAUCUAUAAGAUGGUUUCCUCCGUAAUGAAAAUGCCUGAAGAUGAGUCAACCCCAGAGAAGAGGACAGAAAAGAUCUUCCGCCAGAUGGACACCAACAGAGAUGGAAAACUCUCCCUGGAAGAAUUCAUCCGAGGGGCCAAGAGCGACCCGUCCAUAGUGCGCCUCCUGCAGUGCGACCCCAGCAGCGCCGGCCAGUUCUAAGCCCGGCGUCCCACGAACGGUAGAGCUGCUUGUGUUCCUUUUGGAUUUUUCUUUACAACUUUUUUUUUUUUUUUUUUUUUUUUUGCCAAACAAUAUUGACGGUGAUGCUGUUCCCCGUGUGGUCGGAUGCACCUUUCUCCAUGCCGCCUUCAGCUUCUUUUGUCAUGGACGCUUCGUGGGAGUGUCUGCAGCCCCCGCUCGCUUGUGGAGAGCAUGGACAGUGCUGUCACGCACAGACUUUGUGGUGUUCGUUGUUCUGAAGAUGUUUCAUUGUUAUUAUUUUUCCUUUGAUUCGAGAGUCUGUGUUCUAAAAGUGAAGACUCGGGGAGGCAAGCCAAGGGAAAACCAAUCCAGUCCAGUGAUUCUAGUGCAAGCUUGAGGGGCUUGUUUGAAAAACAAAACUCCCCACCUGGGUCUGGAGUCACACAUGCCCUAGGGAAGAUGCUGGAUUCCCCAAGGAUGAAGAAUCCUCUGGGGCCAGGCUCUUAAAGGGACCUGGGGGAUCCCCCUAGAGGCCCACCCCACUCUCUCCCCAGCAGGCUGUAGUUUCUAAGCUGUGAACAUUUUAAGGUCAAUUAAUAGAGGAAAAAGAUGGCUCAGCCAUUUCUUCCCAGGUUUACACUAGUUGAACUAAGAUGAGUGUCUUUGGAAAUUAAAAGCAAAUGGUAACUUCUAUUCCCAAACCAGAUCCAUCUUGUUGCCUACUAUUGUGGUUUAAAAAAAAAAAAGAUUAUUGUAUAUAAAAUAUUGGGUAUUGCUGACCAAAUUAAGUGUUUUGCCUUGUUUAAAUGAAAUGCAUGUUUAGUGAGCACUAAUACAAUCUUAUUACAGAAGACUGCAGUAGCUUAUUGUGAAGUAAGCCAAUUAUAAAGAAUGUCUAUGUCUUGUUUUCAGGUCAUAUCCGUCUUUGCACAAAUGCACCAAUCAACAGGUAUAUAUAUUUUAUAUAUUCCAGAAGAGUACAAAGUAACCACGACUAGGGCCCAGCCUGAAUUUUGAAUGCUUUUCCAGUGGUAGUGCCUAGAGAACUUAAGUGGGGCAGGUUUAAGUCGGACAUGUCAGUUGGAGCACCAGAAGCUUCAUAUUUAUUAGAGAUGUGAGGUGAUGGUUCGCCCUCCCAGCCCAACAGCUGAUUGAUAGUAUUGGAUUGGAGGUGUGGUGCUUUUCUGAGCAGAUCAAUAUUCUGUAGACACUCCCCCUCCUCCAAAGAGCAUAAACGCUCAGGACUUCCCAGUGCUCGAGUCCACCUGUAUGGUUAGGAAGCCAUAGCUGGAAUGUUGACUUUUCCAUGCUCCUAGAGGCCCUUAAAAGAGUCAGAGGUUGAGCAGUCAUCUGGUUCAUCUUGAAGUGUGUCUGUGAUUUCCAAGGCCAUCUAUGAGGAAUCCAAAAGUAUUUCCAUCAUCGUGUUCUUUGAAUGCAGAUUUCUAUUUCCAGAAGUGAUAACACAAAUUUGAGUUGUUGUGUGGUCUGAUGACCUCAUACACCCUAAUUUGAAUUGGAAGGUAAGAAUAAAAGUUGCUGGCCACAGGUAAGUCAUAUUUUCACAAGCACUAGGCAUGGGGAAGCCCAAACACUAUAGGAUGUACAUGGGGAGAACCUGUCUCAAGGGAAGGCAGAGGGGUCCCCACUGGGUCUGUCUGCUGCCAAGCUACUUCCCAUGGACCAUGAACCGCAGAAGGAGAAGCUCAUAACCAUGAAGAAAAUGACACCGUGUCCAUUCCAACCUCCAGAUUCCUAUGUAUCACUGCAGUCCAUUUUAACUGAUAGAAAAUUCCAAAUUUGUACGGUUGACCAAAGUGAACCAAAUUUGCAGGGUGAAAUUUUGAGACCUGGACUCAGUAAAAUAAUCUUCAUCAUCCUCUGAGUGUCAGUUUCUCAUAGUGGUUCCAGACUGUGAGACUUGCCGAGUUUCCCCAUGGGCCAAGUGGCAAAAUCUCAUUUUGAAAAACAGAGCGUCCGCCCAAGGCAUGGCGUGCAGAGUGGCCAGGAAGCCGGCACCUCUGCGGGAAGCGUUCAGGAGACGCGCCCCACUUUCUCGUGCUCUUGAGUAAAGACCUCGUUCUCCCUUUAGUGCUUAGAUGGUGGAGUCAGUUAAUGUUGGGGAAAGCCAGCCGGGGCUCUGCCCUCGGUCAUGACAUCUUAUUGAUCCAGACUCACUUUGUUCCCUAGAGCCUAGAUCUAGGGAGUGAGCAGCAGGGAAGCGUGUCUCCAGCUGUUAAAAAACCAGAGCAGACGCAUGGCUAACGAACACCGACACACCAGGGAUAGAUGGAAAAUCGUCCUUGCCUGGCCUGCCAUUGACCCUGUCUGUAUUUUCUUGAGGGUUGUUUUUCUCAUUCUUUUCCUUCCCAAGAAGGCCUUUGUAUGUCUAACCCAGUGCGCUCGAGUGUGGCCACAGGACUCUGCAGCACCCAGAAGGCUGAAUGCCUGAAGGCUUACGUCACUCCUGUGCUGGGCUGUUCAUUGUCAUUGCUGUGUUGAGGGACCUCUGGAAAUGGAGUCCGUUCUGUCUGAAAUCAAGCCAGCCUGUGCUGUUCAAGGGACUGGAAUAAAGUGGCUUAUGACUUGAAGGA